AUGGACGUGGUCAACGCGACCGCCAAAGUCUUGGCCAACCAGACCCAGGACUACUUCACCGUCCUCGACACGGUGACCAAGUACAAUGUCCACCUCAACUUCCUCGAGCGCCUCUGGGCCGCCUGGUACCUCUUCAUGCAAAACGACACCCUCGCCACCGGCAUCAUGAGCUUCGUCAUGCACGAACUCAUCUACUUUGGCCGCUGCAUCCCCUUCAUGGUCAUGGACAAGAUCCCCUACUUCCACAAGUACAAGAUCCAGAACCAAAAGAUGCCCUCGCUCAAGGAGCAGUGGGACUGCGCCGCCAUUGUCCUCGUCAGCCACUUCACCGCCGAGCUGCCCCAGAUCUGGUUCUUCCAUCCCAUCGCCACCUUCUUCGGCAUGGACUACGGCGUCCCCUUCCCUCCGCUCUGGAAGAUGGCCCUGCAAAUCGCAAUCAUCUUUGUCAUGGAGGACACCUGGCACUACUGGUUCCACCGAGCCCUGCAUUACGGUCCCCUCUACAAGGCCAUCCACAAGAUGCACCACACUUACUCGGCCCCCUUUGGCCUGGCGGCCGAGUACGCCUCGCCCAUCGAGACCAUGCUGCUCGGCAUUGGAGUUGUCGGCUCCCCCAUCCUCCUGCUCACCGUCACGGGCGAUCUGCACCUCAUCACCAUUGGCUACGACUUUCCCUGGAGCCUGCGCCACUUCCUUCCCGUCUGGGCCGGCGCCGAUCACCACGACGUUCACCACGAGAAGUUUAUUGGCAACUACGCUUCCAGCUUCCGCUGGUGGGAUUACUGCCUGGACACCGAGGCCGGUCCUGAGGCCCAUAAGCGUCGGCGGGAUAGGAAGCUCAAGGCCAUCAAGGAGGCCAAGAAGCAGCAAUAA